AGCUCCUCGAGUGAAUAUAUAUUUUUCGUCAUAUUUGAUUCAUUGGGAGUGGAUCAAUUGAGAGGAGUUUCAUCUAUUGAUAGAGUGGUCUCAUCGAGUGCAAACAGGAGGGAUAAUCAAAAUGCUAUCUGGUUUGGCGAGCAUAUUUCAGGCUGCGACGUUCAUUCUAGCGACUAAGGCCAUGCUAAUUUCAGCUCAAGAUAAGCAUUGCUCCAGCCUUAACGAAACACUCAGUUACUCACAGCUGAUCGGUAUGGACUGCCAGCAGUGUAUUGGCCAAUGGCGUCAGAACUGGCAUAGGAUCAUUUGUCGCAAUGAGACAGAUACAUCUAUUGACCGGGGAUGUUGUGAAUCUUGGUGUGAGCAGUUGGCUUCUUGUUUCAGGCAGUCGUCCAAUUGGACAUCGUGCUGUAAGCAAAUGUGGAGGUGCAGAAACCCUCGCAAAAAGCUUUCUAUUAACACAACAGACUCGUUGUAUUUUGGCAGUAUCAAAGUGAAACAUUGCUGGGCAAGGGGUUUUACUGCCAUUAAGCUAACAACAGUGAUCAAACCUCCUCAGUUUCCAAACAAGAAACUUGUCGACACCAUCCUAUAAGAAGUGAUAAACUCCUUUGGAUAUGAAGUAAAUCAAGAAAAGAUUAAACGUGCUCUUCUCUCCGUUACUGAUUUGGAGGAGCUCAUCGGGAAAUAUUCACAACAUCAUCUUAAUGAAACUGCACCUAAGAUUUACA